AUGCUGUGGAGUUGGUGUUUUGACUUGGCUCAGAGCGUGAAUGGAUUCUCAUGUGUGAAGCUCAUGAUGAUGGCUCAGCAGAAGAAUCUGGAGGGGUACGUGGGCUUCGCCAGCCUGCCCAACCAAGUGUACAGGAAGUCUGUGAAGAGGGGCUUCGAGUUCACCCUGAUGGUCGUGGGUGAGUCAGGCCUGGGGAAGUCCACGCUCAUCAACUCCUUGUUCCUCACAGACCUGUACGCGGCAGAAUACCCCGGUCCUUCACAUCGAAUCAAAAAGACUGUGCAGGUGGAACAGUCCAAAGUUUUAAUAAAAGAAGGCGGCGUUCAGUUGCUGCUCACAAUCGUGGACACGCCGGGCUUCGGAGAUGCCGUGGACAACAGUAACUGCUGGCAGCCUGUCAUUGACCACAUAGACAGUAAGUUCGAGGACUACCUGAACUCUGAGUCUCGUGUGAACCGCAGACAGAUGCCCGACAGCCGGAUCCACUGCUGCUUGUACUUCAUCGCCCCCUCAGGACACGGACUGAAGCCCCUCGAUAUUGAGUUCAUGAAGCGGCUCCACGAGAAGGUCAACGUAAUCCCGCUGAUCGCAAAGGCGGACACACUCACCCCCGAGGAGUGCCAGCAGUUUAAGAAACAGAUAAUGCGAGAAAUCCAAGAACACAAAAUUAAGAUCUACGAGUUUCCAGAGACGGACGACGAAGAGGAGAACAGGAUGGUGAAGAAGAUCAAGGACAAACUCCCUCUGGCCGUCGUCGGGAGCAACACCAUCAUCGAGGUGAACGGGAAGAGGGUCCGAGGGAGGCAGUACCCCUGGGGCGUGGCAGAAGUUGAAAACGGAGACCACUGCGACUUCACCAUCCUCCGAGACAUGCUCAUCAGGACUCACAUGCAGGACCUGAAGGAUGUCACCAACAACGUCCACUACGAGAACUACCGCAGCAGGAAACUGGCAGCAGUCACUUACAACGGAGUGGACAACAACCGAACCAAAGGCCAGCUGUCCUCCAAGAGUCCUCUGGCGCAGAUGGAGGAGGAGAGGAGGGAUCACGUGACGAAGAUGAAGAAGAUGGAGAUGGAGAUGGAGCAGGUGUUUGAGAUGAAAGUCAAGGAGAAGGUGCAGAAGCUCAGAGACUCCGAGGCCGAGCUUCAGCGGCGGCACGAGCAGAUGAAGAAGAACCUGGAGGCUCAGCACAGAGAGCUAGAGGAGAAGAGGCGUGUGUUUGAGGACGAGAGGAACAAGUGGGAGGAGCUACAGAGGCUGGAGCAGCAGAAACUCGAGGCCUCCAGAACUCUGGACAAAGACAAAAACAAAAAGAAAGGCAAGAUCUUCUAA